UAGGCGCAUUUACAUCUCUACAAAUAUUCUCGUGACUUGGCUUCUAGAUUUUCAAAAUUAUAAAUACCGAGGCCUUGAGAAACAAGAAUUCUGAAGGCAUUGUUGCAUUUGAAUUCAUCUUCAGUCAACUUGAAAAUUGAAAUACUACGUGUAAUCUCUUUUCAAUGGCAUUCUUCCGUUUGAUUAUUAUUUUAGUCAUUGCACUUGCGCAUCCCAUCGCAAACCAUCAAGAAAAAAGCUUGUGGAGCAGCAGCAGGAAACUUGUUACCGAGUUUAAAUCGUUUGGUAGUUUGGAAAAUGGUCUCCCGGAGACCAACUCCACGGAGGAGAAGUUAUCUUGGUUGAGAUCUCAAGUCAUUGGAGCCAACGUUGCGUUUGAAACACCUUUCGGAGAACGCCUGCUCACUUAUGCUGAUCAUACUGCCACCGGCCGGAGUCUUCGACACAUCGAAGAUUACAUCCUUCACAAUGUCCUUCCCUUUUAUGGUAAUAGUCACACAAGCGACAGCUACGUAGGCCAGCAGACAACAAAGAUGGUGGAUGAAGCAAGCAGAUAUAUCAAGAAAUGCUUAGGAGGAGGAGAGGAUGAUGCACUCAUAUUUUGUGGUUCAGGAACCACCGCCGCAAUCAAACGGCUUCAAGAAGUUAUGGGGAUCAGCAUUCCAUCAAUUAUGAGGGAGAGGGUUUUAGCAGAGUUGGAAAGUAGAGAGAGAUGGGUAGUUUUUGUUGGACCAUGUGAGCACCAUUCCAAUAUUCUUUCAUGGAGGCAAAGUCUUGCACAAGUAGUGGAAAUCGGUUUGAAUAAGGAUGGCUUGCUUGACACGAAUGAUUUGGUUCUGCAGCUCCAACAUUAUAGCUCUACUAAGAGGCCAAUGCUGGGUUCUUUCUCAGCUUGCAGUAAUGUUGAUGGAACUUAUACAGAUACGAGAGCCUUAGCUUAUCUUCUUCAUCACUAUGGAGCAUUUGCAUGUUUUGAUUUUGCGGCAAGUGGUCCGUAUGUUGAAAUUAAGAUGAGAUCAGGGGAGAUGGAUGGCUAUGAUGCUCUGUUCCUUAGCCCUCACAAGUUUGUUGGAGGACCAGGAUCACCCGGAAUUCUGAUGCUGAACAAGGCCUUGUAUCGGCUUAAAUCUUCUCCGCCAUCGACGUGUGGAGGAGGGACUGUCAAAUUUGUGAAUUGCUUUAGUGAAACGGAUACAUUAUACAUCCAAGACAUAGAAGAAAGGGAAGAUGCUGGAACUCCGCCAAUCAUUCAAAAAAUUAGAGCUGCAUCGGCUUUCUGGAUCAAAGAGUACAUUGGCUACAAAUCUAUAAGUAACCAAGAGCAGAAUUAUACUAAAAGAGCACUCGAGAGGCUUCUUCGAAACCCCAAUAUAAGUGUGUUAGGAAAUACAAAUAGAAGCAGGCAAGCCAUCAUAUCUUUCCUAGUACAGACAACAACAAGGCCCUCAUCAAAUGAGCUCAUCAACCCAGAUAAGAGUAAACAAAAUGAGACAGAUAACAAGCGCAGCAAACCUCUUCACGGACGAUUUGUUGCAAAGCUCUUAAAUGACUUAUUUGGAGUCCAAGCUCGUGGUGGUUGUGCCUGUGCUGCCCCAUAUGGUCACAGGCUGCUAAACCUUAAUGAACCUGCGUCAUCUGCCAUUAGAUCGGCAAUCCAAAAGGGUAAAGGUGGAGCUAGACCUGGUUGGACAAGAAUAAGCUUUCCCUACUACAUGUCCAAUGAAGAAUUUGAGUUCCUUCUCGAAGCACUUGAAUUUACAGCUACAUAUGGCCAGAGAUUCCUUCCAAUGUACAAUUUUAAUUGGGAAACUGGUGCUUGGACAUUGAGGAAAGAGGUUUCCAGUCAUCAACUCCCAAUCAAGGGAAUCUGUGAGCCUGAUAUGACCAAAGAAGAGCAAAUAUCAGCAGUGACUAAAGGCGUCGAGAUUUCAGGUGUGUAUGCAUCUUAUCUGAGUACAGCCAAACAAAUAGCAUGUCUCCUUGAGGAAUUCCCAUCUCAACGUCCAGUUCCAGAUGAUAUAGAUACUGACAUCCUAACCUUUAGGGUCUAGUAGAGCUGAAAAUCGUGCUGUAUUCUGCACUUUCGUGUGUCGUUUAUUUGAAGCAGGAACCAUACUUUUUCUGUCGUUCA